AUGUUGAUGAACUUAUCAUUGUUUGCUGCCAGUGCCUUUGGCGGCGUCAUCACUCUUUUUUUGGUUCGCGUUAUUGCGCGACGCAGAACAACUUACUCUGCUUCACUGCCUCGCCCUCCAGGCCCAAAGCCUCUCCCUGUGAUUGGUAAUGUCAUGGAUAUAAGUCUCACUGAAACUUGGUUGUCGUAUACAGCAUUGAAAAAGAUAUAUGGUGACCUGGUCCGUCUUCGAUUGAUGGGACAGGAAUUUGCUAUCAUCAACUCAGAGAAAAUCGCACACGCACUGUUGGAUCAACGAUCUGCUAUUUACUCAGACAGACCCAUCCUCCCGGCCAGGAAAUUCUAUGGCAUCGAGUGGCUGACGAUCCUUUUGCCCUAUGGAGCAGAACUAAGAGCCCAUAGAAAGUUGUUCCAUCAUGCAUUACAAGCAGAAUCAUCACUUCGCCAGCGUGAAAUUUACUUGCGCAGAGCUUGGGUCUUUCUUGCUAGCUUACUGCACGACCCUGAAGAGUUUGAAGCACAUAUCCAGAGAUUUGUUGCAGCAAUAGUCAUGGAGAUUACGUAUGGAUAUGAAGUGCAAUCAGAAAACGACCCGUAUGUUUCUGCCGUGUCAGAAUUGAACGCGAUCCUUACGAAAGGGCUCACUCCUGAGAGAUCAGCUAUUCUCUUGGCAUUUCCUUUUCUUACACAUAUCCCUGCGUGGUUUCCGGGCGCGAAGUUCCAGCGUGAGGCGUUGCACUCAAGGCAGUUGGCCCAAAAAGUGCUUAAUGCGCCUUUCGAGUUUACGAAAUCGCGGAUUGCAGCCGGAACUGCUUCACAAUCUUUGGUGUUUGAUUGCUUGACACAGAUAGACGAGGACAAUAAUGAAGCACAGGAGUAUGUGAUCAAGGGAGCCGCGGCGACGGUCUUCAUAGCUGGAUUUGAAACGAGUUCUUCGAUAUUACACGGAUUCAUUCUGGCCAUGGUUCUCUACCCAAAAGUUCAGGCCAAAGCGCAGGCUGAGAUUGACACCUUCGUCGGUUCGACAAGGCUGCCAAGUUUCGAAGAUAGGCCUUCAUUGCCCUACAUCGAAGCUAUUCUCAGGGAACUGUUAAGAUGGAGCCCUGCGAUACCACUAGGGGUCUCGCAUGCUACGUCAAGUGAUGAUAUAUUUGAAGGCUACUUCAUACCAAAGGGGGCCUGCGUGACCCUCAACGUCUGGGCGAUCAAUCAAGAUGAGGAGAAGUAUCCCGAUCCAGACGAAUUUAGACCUGAGAGGCACUUUGCCACAGACGGGUCACUGUUGUCGGAUUCAAUCUCUGACAGCCCUGUGUUCGGCUAUGGUCGACGGAUUUGUCCAGGACGGUUUUCUGCGGAGUCGAUUGCGUGGGUUGCCAUUGUUUCUAUCCUCGCAACUUUUCGUAUAGAGAAGGCGAAAGGUGUGGAUGGCCGUGAGAUUGACGUAAAGAAACAGUAUACAACCGGGCUGUCGAUACAUCCUGUUCCUUUUCGUUGCGCAUUGCUGUGUCGUUCCGCGCAAAAGGAGAAGAUGGUUAGAGAAAAUUCAGACUCUUGACUUACGCUUGACCAGAGAAUGUUUCUAGCAUGACAUUUUAUAUGACAGUGGUAUGAUACCGUUUUACAAUGGAUGAUGAAGGGAACAUCUAAACCAUGUAUCCGAAAGGAGUUGUUCGAGUGGUUUCAUCCUCACGAUGCUGGAAUAGUCGGGGACUGGCGUGGCUACAAUAUACACAACGGUCAAUCAACGCAGACGUAUACUCACCUUGAACACAGGUCAAUAACUUAAUCAGCAUGUAAUACGAACUGAUCCAUUUUGUUCCAGGCUGAAGAAAGUUUUUUUUUUUGGUUUGGUGGUGAACGUUGCA